UGGUUUUCUCUGUUUUGAUUAUCAAUCCGUUCUUCGAGUAAGAUUCAGUUGGUUUUAAUCAUUGAUGCUUGGUCUGUUUUCUGGUCAAAAUUGCGCAUUUCAGUAUUAAAUGCGAAAAAUUACAAAAAAUGGAUAUUGCCAUGAUAUGCAGAAUGUGUUCUAAGCCGAACACCAAUCUCAAGUCGAUAAUCAACGACUACGCGGAGCAGAAUGUAAUCAACAUCAUUACUGAGAUAUUACAACUUUCGAUUGAAGUUAAUGAUGGACUUCCACCCGGGGUAUGUGGCCAAUGCGUUGAUCAACUGUUUGACUUGCGAAAAACGAUACAAAAAUUUCGACAAAACGAGCAAACGCUUCGUUAUCGAUUGUUAGAUAAACCAACUUCGAAUGAUAUGGAAGUUGAAGGAAAUCAAGAAAAAGAAAAAUUAGCUAAAGAUAUAUCUGUUGAGGAACGCAUUUUUAAACAAGAAAUACAAAAUAAAUCAGAUAAUCACAUUAAAGUAGAACAACAAGCAGUAGUUGAGAAUCAAUCACACAUUGUUAAAUUCAGUGCCACAUCUGAACAACGCCAAGCCCAUUCCAUUCGACCAAAACAAAACGAUAACAAAUGUUACAUUUGCAAAAGUGAGUCAAUGAUAUCUGGAAAAGCCCUUCUAGAUCACCUAGCUUCCCAUACAGAGCUAGUUCCGUACACUUGUCCUGAAUGUGAAAUGGAAAGGACCGUUCUGACGACUGUGCGAUCGUUGAAUUUGCACAAAAAGAUGCACGCCCAACCGGUAAAAUGCAAGUACUGUGAUCGACGAUACAGCGAUGAAAGAGCACGCGAGGGUCACGUCAAGACAUUUCACCUGGGCGAAGGCGCUCCGUGUCCCUCAACCUGCGAACAAUGUGGCAUCGUUUGCAGCUCGUUGGCAGCACUUAAGCGUCACCUACGGGAUCAUAAAACUAAUCUGGAAUGCGGCCAGUGCAACGAAAUCUUCCAUAGGAAAUACAAAUUAAAGGAACACAUAUCGCGGGUACACGCAAGCCAGCAAACUGAAACUUUUGAAUGUAAUGUCUGUCACCGAAUUGUGCAUUCUCUAGGAAGCUACAACGCACAUUUGAAAAUGCAUAUCAGUGGUAAAACCUUUAAGUGUGAGCUGUGUCCAAUGAAAUUUCAUACUGCUGGAAAUAUGCGCCUCCACAGAAAGAUCCAUAUCGACAAUCCCGAUUAUAAACCACAUAAGGAUUGGAGCGGACAUUACACAGUGCAUCAUGAACCGGGGCAAGACAAAAUAUUCGUCUGCAAACUGUGUGGAAAAACAUUUACAAAAUCUAUAAUGAGGAUAAGUAAUCAUCUUAAACUGCACUUCAAGGAGAUUGAAUGUGACCAGUGUCAGCGAAAGUUCGUGAAUGAAUCACAACUCAAAGCUCACUAUGCAGUACAUACGGGCAUUCGGGAGUACAAGUGCGAAUACUGUGCCAAAGAUUUUAUACACAAAAGCAAUCUCAGACAGCAUCUGAAGCUACAUCGGAAUGAACAAAACUAUGCCUGUGAGUUUUGCGGUAAACUGUUUACAUACAGGGAGAACAUGAAAACACACAUCCGUAUUCACCAUCUGCCGGAAAGUCCCUACGAAUGUGUCUCUUGUAAGACAAAAUUUGUGGACGAUGCCUCACUCAGCAGACAUAUGACUACAAAUCACGCGGAGCCAUAUCAGUCUGCAGAUUUGGGACCACCGCCGAUUAUGGGAGUUGAGGGAUCAAGGCUGGCUGCGCAAUCCGAAACCUAGAACUUUGAUCACAAUGCGAUUUCAUCACAUUGCUGAACACGGUCAACAUUUCUCAAUUAUUCAGAAUACAGAUAAAAUUAAUGAUAAAAAUGAACAGCAAUAAUGCGGCAUUUCAACUGCACGUAACCUCA